AUGGAGGUAUAUAUGGACGGUGGCUUCGAGAGGGGAAGCGAUAUCCUCAAGGCCAUUGCUCUCGGGGCUACAGCCGUAGGUAUCGGAAGACCAUUCUUAUACAGUCUUGUGUACGGCCAGGAUGGUGUUCAGCACCUUAUUUCAAUUUUGGAAGACGAGAUUGAAGUAUCAAUGAGACUUUGCGGGCUCACAAGUCUAGGCCAGGCCACGCCCGACCUUUUGAACACAACCGACGUGGACUACCUCGUACGGACGAAGAACCUGUACCCAGAGAUACCUGGGAGGAAGAUGCGGGCGAAGCUUUGA